AUGCCAGAAGUCACGAUCAUCUUCAUUUUAAUUAACACAAUUGGCACUUCAUUGGGUUUUCUGGUUAAUUUAUUUCUCUGCUACGUGGCAUUAUUCCAUAGUCCACCAAUUAUCAGAACCUAUUCAGUUAUUCUAAUUAAUAUAACACUAACCAACAUCGGAGUCUGUAUAACUGGAUUUUUGCUUCAAGAAAGAAUAAUUCAAUCCGGAAAAUCUCUGUUUUAUGUUUCCUAUGGAUAUUGCUCACUUUUUGGAGAACGACUUUGUUUUGAUAUAUUCGGUGCUUACCUACACUUUCAUACUCAUGCACUUUGGCUCUUGUUCCUCUCUUUUGCAUACCGUUACUAUGUGAUGCUCCAGAAAGAGCCAAAAAGAAAAUCGCUGCAAGCCGCAAUUUUUAUAGUUUAUUUUCCAUCUUUUAUUCAGUUAUCAGCAAUGCUUUUUCAAAAAAUGGAUCUGGAUGAAGUUGAAACUGCAUUGAAGGAUAGGUUCCCACAAUUUAAUUUUACUGGAUUAGCAGUCACUGGAGCAAUUGAUAUUAUUGGUUUUGCAACACUCUACACAUUAAUUCAUAUGACAAUUAUCAGUAUUCCACUUGCAAUUGGUAUUCAAAUAUUGAGAAGGAAGAUUAUUAAUUUAUUGGUUUUAAAAGGAGUUGAUUUGACGACAAAAUCUAGAAAUCUACAUGCACAAUUAUUACGGACGCUCACAUUCCAAGCAACUGUCCCACUGAUAUACUUUCUCGAUGUCUUUUUCUUUUUUCUCACUCACAUUUGGAAUAACCCAAUUCUUGAAUUUUCAAUAAUAAUUCCAUCUUUAAUAGUUCCCAUUCUAAUCCCAAUAUCCUCACUUAUAUAUGUAACUCCAUAUAGAAAUUAUGUGUUGCGAUUUUUUUCAUUGAGACCGGGACUGCAGGCUGUAAACUCUCAAAGUAUUAUUCCAGUUAUUUGGAUUUAA